AUGGGGUAUUUUGAUAUUCAUCCACUCAAAGAAAAAUCUCGAAUAUUACACGAAACUUCAAAGAAUGGAUGGUAUUUUAUAACAGUAUUAUCAAGUCUCCAAGAUUUUCAAGCUCAAAAUAUUGUUAACAAAUAUCCUCACGUUUUUCAUGAUAAAAAUCGAAAUUCCAAUGGCAUUUAUCAUUAUUAUCUCGAAGAGGAUGCUUUUUAUGAUAUGUAUAACUCAGAUAACUUUAUUUUAAGCAAAGAUAAAUUCAAACAGUCCUAUAAUCUUACUUUUUCGAAAUAUCAUAGCUACCAUAUUUUAGCACCAUCUGAAUGGAAGCCAUUUGAUACAUGUGAAUAUCAAUAUCCUUACUACAACUGCCAUUCAAUUUCAGAUGAAGACAUUUUAAGAAUUAAUUCAGAUCCUCAUGUACAAUAUGUUUAUGGUGAUACCGAUCCUGUCUUCCAUAGCAGGUAUACAGCUGGUUAUAUCGAGUCUGGAUUAAAUUAUUUAGAAUAUGGAGAAGAUGAUCCACGUUUAAUGGUUCCAAGACCACUUGAAGGUAAAGGAUUAACAGGUGAGAACCAAAUUGUCGGAGUUCUUGAUUCAAACUUUGAUUUUAAUCAUACUUUCUUUUAUGACAGUAAUCAGCCAUAUCCGAACUCCACAAUAAACACAGACCAUCGCAAAGUUGUACAAUUAAGCAGUCUCAGCUCUUCUACAAGUACAGAAAUGACUCAUGGAACAUUUAUGGCCGGAAUCGUCGUUGGCAAUACAGGAAACAACAGCGACAUGAGCAACCAAUACGCUGGCUUCCUUCCGAAAGGCAAAAUUCAUGCAAUGACGUUUCAAGGAUUACCUGAUCCAGCGAAUAUCAUUACAACCGCUAAUGAAACAGGCGCCAAAGUCAUUUUAGCGCCUUUUGGAGUUAUAAAUAACAUAAACUAUGCCGAUUCGUAUGAUACUGCCGCUUAUAAUAAUCCUGAAACUUUAUUUGUCAUUUCAGCAGGCAAUAAUCAGAUUAUCGAAUACCCAGGAGCAUCAAUUAACUCAUUGACAGUUGCUACGUCCACAUAUCCUUCGUCAACUCUCGAAUCUGGAUCAGAAACAAAUUAUGUCCUUCAAAACGGCGAAACUCAAGUUAUCUCGAUCAGGCAACUCGGAAAUCUUUCAGCUUACCAGACAACUUCGCCUUUGAAGAAGUAUUAUAACCUUCCAAUUUCAGAAACAGACGAAGAAGGGGUAAUUUACGUUGACAAGACCUGUUCAAAUAGUCCUGCAACAAAAGCAACCCUUUACGUAGUGUUUAAUGAUACAGAAUGCAAUGUAAGUGAAAAUUCUCCAACAUGGCUCUUCAAUUCUUCCGAUUACGACAGUUUAAUCGCUUUAGGAACAGCGUCCAUCAACUUUACAAAGGGUGACCACCCUCAAAAUGUCAUUGCAACUCCUUCUGGCCCAACAUUUGGAACUAAUUUCAGAAAACCAGACCUUAUUUCAAAUGGCGAGUUCGAAAUCAGUGCCAGAGCAAAUGGGACAUACACAGGAGACACAUCUUCCUCUUCUUUGAUGUCAAUGUCUUUAUCUUCUUCAAUAUCAGCGGCAAGUGUAUCCGGAUUAGCAGGUUUAGCACGUCAGUACUUCACAGACGGCUAUUAUCCAACAGGAGAACCAAAUUCCGACAACAAAUUAACUCCAUCAUCCAGUUUAUUAAGAGCAUGUCUUGUAAAUGGUGCCAAAAGCCUCAUAUCCAAAGUUGUUGAUAACACAGCUGGUUUUGGUGUUCCAAAUCUCCAGAAAUCCCUCGGAUUUGACGGUUUGGGUGUCAGAUUCAUCGAUAACAUCAAGAUGGAUGCGAAUGGACAUGUUACUUUCAAGGUAACAACCACUAAGGAAGCAGAUCUCAGUGUUACAAUGGCUUAUCUUGAUAAUGAACAAUCCGAAACUACUCGAUUGCGAACGAUGACCUCCGACAUCGAUUUGGUUGUUGAUUCUGAUACACAAUCAUACAUCGGUAACGAUCUCGACGGAGGAAUAUCCGAUGAACUUACAACAAUCGAAAAAGUUCUAAUUCAAAAUGCACAACCGUCAACAUAUACGAUACAUUUAUAUUCCCAGCAACUCACUUUCCUUGAUAAACUUCCGAUCAUAUCUUUGGCCGUAUCCGGCGGUUUUGACACAUCAAAUUACGUAAUUAAUCCAUUGAAUUUACAAAGAACCGAUAACUCGAGUAUCUGUCCUGUAUGUUCAUCCAAUGGCGAAUGCUCUGAAAAUGGAUAUUGCGAGUGCAAAGACGGAUAUUAUGGAUAUACUUGUUCAGCACAAUACAUUGAUUUGAAUUCUUCUGUUUCAUCGAAAAUUUAUCAGAUUUCUUCGAGAAAAGUUCAGUGGUUUAGAAUCAGAUCGAAGAUAGAAACAGAAAGAAUAACAAGAAUAAUGUAUGCUGAUACUGUAUGGUAUCCUUACAACGAAGUAAUUCGUUUAAAUGUCCAAGAAAAACCUUCUUUGCAUUCUAAAACUUUCGCAAACGGUUUUGUUCAAUUUAACGGUGAUGCAAACUUAUUAGGUUAUUUGGUGUAUGAAGAUCCAUUCGGAAAUAAGUCUGUUGAUUACUAUCUAGGACUUUAUGGGUUGAAUUACAAGUUUAAGUUCGAAUAUUAUUCGAUACCUUACAGAACACCGGAAAUUACUCCUUCUCCAACCGAAAUAGUUACUCCAGGACCAACAGAGACUAUUGAAAUAACUCCUACUCCGUCAAAUAUUAGUGAAAACGGUCAAAAAGAAAAUGAUUCACAAAAUACUAAAAACAGAGUAGAUGUUAUACCAAUAGUUAUUGGUGUCGUAGUAGGUGCAGUUGCUUUGGCCAUAAUAAUCAUUGUUGUGGCCAUUUUCUUGAAGAAAUACUACGUAUUUGGUCAGAAAUCUGACAGUGCUGAUGUUAACUUCCCUAAUAUCGAAGAAGUACCAGCUACAGGAGCAACACAGGCUGCUCAAUACAUGUGGACAACCUCUGUAGAAUCAGAUUCCCUCGGAUCAGAUGAUAAUUCUAGUGAUGAAGGAAAAGAAUUAGGAUUCUUUGUUGGACAACAAGAAUGGUAA